ACGACUUGUCCUGCAUUAACAGCAAUGGAGUAUGUGGAUUGCCAUUUCCAUGUUUGGGCCUUGGAUAAGUUCAAAUACCCUUGGCCAACGCCGGACAUGCGAAUCCACAAGGACUACUGGCCAUGUGACCUUGAGGGUAACAUCGAAAACACGCCCGUUAAACACGCGAUCUUCUUGCAGUGUUUGAACGCGAGCUUCGGGGGCACAGCGGAAGCAGAAUGGGUAAUGGACAUGGCCACGAGUCACCCGGUCAUUGUUGGCGUUGUGGCUGGACUCGACCUGACCAGACCAGAUCUGGAUUCCGUUAUCACUUCGCUAAAGGCAAAUGGUUGUUUAAAAGGAGCAAGACAUCUGAUAGAUUUCGAGGCAGACGAUUGGUUGACGCGAGAUGACGUCAGCAGAGGUCUUGUGACCCUGGCUAAACAUGACCUCACAUUUGACCUGGCUGUUAGGCACGAGCACCUUCCAUUGGUCACCACCGUAGUCGCAAAACAUCCGAGCCUCCGUUUCAUCAUUAACCACAUUGCCGAACCAAUAUUUACGGAGGGUAAGAAGACGGACUGGUGGGAUGACAUGGAACAGAUUGGCAAAUACCCAAAUGUUUUCUGCAAAAUAUCUGGGUUGAUUGCUGAGAACAAGAAAAACACGUGGAAGGCCAUUGACUACCAACCUUUCAUCGAUCAUGUUAUAUCGGUUUUUGGAGUAGACAGAUGUGUGUUUGGAUCAGACUGGCCCGUUUUCGAAAAUGCUGGGGUCACCUAUGAAGAAAACCUGGCCAAUACAGAAAAACUCCUGGCAAAACUCGGCCCAAAUGACAGAUUGAAGAUAUUUCGGGAAAACGCAAUCAGAGUUUAUAAACUGGAUUUGUAAUGUGCACAUAUUCAUACAUUUCGUUUCAUUGAGAAAGAAACCUUAUGAAUAAAUGUGCGCAUAUUUUAAA